UGUCUAUAUGUGGUGAUUAAAGGCAUUAUGGAUGUGAGAUUGGGGCUUUUGUUCCUCCUUGUGUUGAGUGUUAGCUGGGCAUCUAAAGCUAGACAACUAGAAGUUGUCGAGGUACUAAUCUCCGAUGAAUCAGGUUCAGUUGUGCAGAUAAAGCCGGGGGUAGAUGAGGAAGUUAUAGAAAAGGUUGCUCGGAACGAUAAUGUGUGCCCCUUGUGUGAGGAAUUCACAACCGAGGCAAUUGAAUACCUUUCUCAGAAUAAGACCCAGGCUGAGAUAGUUGAAAUGCUUCACAAGAGUUGUUACCGUAUACCAUCUUUUACGAAGCAGUGCAUUAUGCUCGUGGACUACUAUUCUUCUCUUUUCUUCUUGGAAGUGUCUUCAAUUCAACCUCAAGAUUUCUGUACAAAGUUCAACCUUUGUCAAAAAGUUGCUCUUAUAUCUUCACAAAUUCGCGAAGAUAGCUGUGGCAUGUGCCACCAUGCUGUUUAAGUACUAUAUAAGCUGCAAGAUCCCCAUACAAAGUUGGAGAUAAUUCAACUCCUUUUGAAGGGCUGUAACUCAAUGCAGAACCAUGUGCAGAAGUGUAAGCAGAUAGUUUUCGAGUACGGGCCUCUGAUCCUAGCAAAUGCGGAACACUUUCUGGAAACGACAGAUGUUUGCACCAGACUGCAUGCCUGUGAUGGUGGAAAGCAAGCAUCAGUUGCAGAUUCUUAGUAGUUGAAUCAUCUAUUAUAAUACCACGAGGAUGUGUUCUUGUAAUAUUAUAUAUAAACUUGUGGAUUUGCAAUUGUGUGUGUAAGAAUUGUUAAGCUGUGGAUUUGGUGGAA